GUACGAACGUGUUGUGUUGUUCCUACUUCUAAAUAAUUUCAUUUCUUGGUGCUUCUUUCCAAAAAAAAACUGACGGUAUGAGUCGCGAACGAGGAUCUAGAGUGUUUAUCGGUCGACUUCCGCAUCGCGCGGAUAAGCGAGAUAUAGAGAAAUUUUUUAAAGGCUAUGGUCGUAUACAAGAUAUCCAUCUAAAACUUGGUUACGCGUUCAUAGAAUUUGAGGAAUCUCGUGACGCUGACGACGCUGUUCAUGAUCUAAAUAACAAAGAUCUACUGGGAGAUAGGGUCACAGUGGAACAUGCACGACCAUCAAGGUCUGGUGGAUACAGGAGUGGAGGUGGUGGUGGGUAUGAUCGUGGAAGACGUGAUUAUGGUGGUCGUAAUGGAGGUGGAGGCUUUACAUUCCGGGAAAAGUAUGGUUCACCUUAUAACACACAAUGGAGAGUUGUUGUUGAGAAUUUGUCUACAAGAGCUGGUUGGCAGGAUUUGAAAGACUACAUGAGGCAAGUUGGUGAAGUAACCUUCUCACAAUGUCACAAAGACAGAGCAGGCGAAGGUAUUGUAGAAUUUGCAAAUGAAGAUGACAUGAAAAGAGCUAUCAGAAAACUAGAUGGUUCUGAGUUAAUGGGUAAACGCAUCAAAUUAACUGAGAGUAAGGGUUUCCCCCCAGGCGGUCAAGGGCGUUCUCGUUCAAGAUCACCUAGAAGAUCACGUUCCCCCCGAAAGAGUCAAUCGCCUUCACCGAGAAGAGGCAGGUCUGGGUCCCGUUCUCCACGUCGUGAAUCUCGUUCACCUUCUGAGAAACGUGAAUCACCUCGCCGUUCCGCAUCCCCUCCAAAUUGAGACGGCAAAGAAGAUACUAAACAGUAUAAUUUAUCACAAUGAACCACAAAGAUGUGGUAAAAACUAAACAGUCCACAUAAAUACUUUCAUAGAGAUUGUAUAAUAUAAGAAUUGUAGAUGUAAAAUGUGUUUUUGAAAAAUGAUUGGACUUCAAA